CCGAAGCCACACAACUCAAUCGCCUUCCACGACUUCCUCGUUCAGCCCUGAACCUCCCAGAACCUCCCGACACCCCCACACCGCGACGCCCCUCGUCCGUCCGUCCGUCCGUCCGUCUACUUAUACAAGGCCUCGCCAUUCUAUCGCGCUCGCAUCCAGUCCGAACCGCGAAGACGCAAAGAUCGAACUACCGUCAGAUCACAGAACGAUAGGCUGCUCGCCGCUCCGCUCCACUCCACUCCACUCCACGUCAUCCGGUCUAGUCCAGGGCAGGACAGCGGGCCAUGGCCGCCGCGCCGCCGCUCACCGCCGACUUUCUCGUAUCCUCCUCCCCCGCCGCCGCUCCGGCGCCUGUCGUGGCCGCCGCGUGGGCCAACCGAAGAGGUGCGGGUUCGUCGAGGUGCCGGGCGCUUAGGGCAACCAGAGGACGGGGAUGGCUGGCUCCGGUGGUGGGGAGGACGCCGCGGACGCUCUCCGUCAGGUGCAACGCCAGCUCCCGGGACGGGAGGAUCACACAACAAGAAUUUACUGAGAUGGCAUGGCAAUCAAUUGUUUUGGCGCCUGAAGUAGCAAAAGAAAGUAAACACCAGAUUGUGGAGACUGAGCAUUUGAUGAAAUCCUUGCUGGAGCAAAGGAAUGGGCUUGCCCGUCGAAUCUUUUUGAAAGCUGGAGUUGAUAACACAAAGCUUCUCGACGCUACAGAGAAGUACAUCCAGCGUCAGCCUAAGGUGUUAGGUGAAGAUCCUGGUUCGAUGUUGGGACGUGACUUGGAAGCUCUGAUACAAAGAGCAAGAGACUUUAAGAAAGAGUAUGGUGAUUCAUUUGUCUCGGUUGAACAUCUAGUUCUUGGUUUUGCAGAUGAUAAGAGAUUUGGUAGACAGCUGUUCAAGGAUUUUCUGAUCACUGUAAAGACCUUGAAAUCAGCUAUUGAAUCCAUAAGAGGGAAGCAAAAUGUAAUUGAUCAAGAUCCUGAGGGCAAGUAUGAAGCUUUGGACAAGUAUGGAAAGGACCUGACAGCUAUGGCACGUCAGGGGAAGCUUGACCCGGUUAUAGGAAGAGAUGAUGAAAUUCGUAGGUGCAUUCAAAUUUUAUCUCGGAGAACAAAGAACAACCCAGUUUUGAUUGGUGAACCUGGUGUGGGGAAAACGGCUAUAGCUGAAGGUCUUGCUCAGAGGAUAGUGCAAGGAGAUGUUCCACAAGCUCUAACAAACCGUCGGCUAAUUACACUUGACAUGGGUGCUUUGAUUGCUGGGGCAAAAUAUCGAGGAGAAUUUGAGGAUAGGCUGAAAGCUGUACUCAAAGAAGUCAUAGAUUCUGAUGGCCAGGUCAUUCUUUUCAUUGAUGAGAUUCACACUGUUGUUGGAGCAGGUGCCACGUCUGGUGCAAUGGAUGCUGGCAAUCUUCUGAAACCAAUGCUUGGAAGAGGGGAGCUACGUUGUAUUGGUGCAACAACCCUUGAUGAGUACCGUAAAUAUAUUGAGAAAGACCCAGCACUAGAGCGCCGCUUUCAACAAGUUUAUGUGGAUCAACCUUCGGUUGAAGAUACAGUAUCAAUACUCCGAGGAUUACGUGAGAGAUAUGAAUUGCACCACGGGGUCCGCAUAUCAGACAGUGCUCUUGUAGCUGCUGCUGUUUUGUCAGAUCGUUACAUCAGCGGACGCUUUUUGCCUGACAAAGCCAUUGAUUUGGUCGAUGAAUCAGCUGCCAAGUUGAAAAUGGAGAUAACAUCGAAGCCGACUGCUCUAGACGAGAUUGAUCGCUCUGUGCUUAAACUUGAAAUGGAGCGUCUUUCACUAACAAAUGACACGGACAAAGCCUCAAAAGACAGACUAUCUCGCAUUGAAGCAGAAUUGUCGCUUUUGAAAGAAAGGCAGAACAAACUGACUGAGCAGUGGGAGCAUGAAAAGUCAGUGAUGACAAAGAUUCAAUCUAUUAAAGAAGAGAUUGAUAGGUUAAAUGUGGAGAUCCAGCAGGCCGAACGUGAAUAUGAUCUCAAUCGUGCUGCUGAACUGAAGUAUGGCAGUCUGAAUGCACUGCAGCGCCAGCUUCAAACAACAGAGAAUGAGCUAAACGAAUAUCAAAGUUCUGGGAAAUCCAUGCUAAGAGAAGAGGUGAGCCAAGAUGAUAUUGCAGAGAUUGUGAGCAGGUGGACAGGUAUUCCAGUUUCUAAAUUAAAGCAAUCUGAUAGAGAGAAGCUGCUGUAUCUUGAGGACGAGCUGCACAAGCGUGUCGUCGGGCAGGAUCCUGCAGUCAAAGCAGUGGCAGAGGCCAUUCAGAGAUCCAGAGCUGGAUUGUCCGAUCCAAACCGCCCCAUUGCCAGCUUCAUGUUCAUGGGACCUACAGGAGUUGGCAAAACGGAAUUAGCGAAAGCUCUUGCUUCUUUUAUGUUCAACACUGAGGAUGCUGUUGUCAGGAUUGACAUGAGUGAGUAUAUGGAGAAGCACUCGGUCUCGAGACUGAUUGGUGCACCGCCUGGUUAUGUUGGGUACGAAGAGGGUGGGCAGCUUACUGAGGCAGUUCGUAGGAGGCCAUAUUCUGUGGUCUUGUUUGAUGAGAUUGAGAAAGCUCAUUCAGAUGUAUUCAAUGUUUUCCUUCAAGUAUUGGACGAUGGAAGGGUUACUGACUCGCAGGGCCGGAAGGUGAGCUUCACCAACACUAUCAUUAUCAUGACAUCCAAUGUUGGCUCACAGUACAUACUAAAUAUGGAUGAAGUGGGUGGAGCGACUGAUUUGGCCUACGAGAAUAUGAAGAAGAGAGUGAUGGAUGCUGCAAGAUCUGUUUUUCGCCCUGAGUUCAUGAACCGUGUAGAUGAAUACAUUGUUUUCAAGCCUCUUGAGAGGGAACAGAUCAACAGCAUUGUCAAAUUACAGUUGGCAAGAGUACAGAAGAGGAUUGCCGACCGCAAGAUCAAACUCGAAGUCUCACCUGGAGCAAUCGAAUUCCUGGGAAGUCUUGGGUACGACCCGAACUACGGUGCCAGGCCAGUGAAACGCGUGCUUCAGCAGUACGUGGAGAACGAGCUGGCAAAGGGUAUCCUUAGAGGCGAAUUCAAGGAUGAGGACAGCAUCUUGGUAGACACCCAGGUGACGGUGCCAUCCAACGGCCAGCUCCCGCAGCAAAACCUUGUUUUCCGGAGAACAGGCGAGGAAUCGAAGCCAGCUGCUGCUGAGGACGAGAAGUUCCUGCCGACUGUCUGAUAGCCUGCUUUUGCGGAUGAGGGAUAAAUAAAACUGUACAUAUAAGGGAGAUGAACUGCUAGCUUUAUCUCUUUAGCCUUUAGGCAUAGCAGGGUAAUACAGUCGGAAUCACUUUAUAUUUGUUCCAACAGUACAUUAUUAGCAGCACAUGUGACUUGCUGGGCAUUGAAAAUUUUGUUUCGCUUCUGACCUA